AUGGUCACUUUAGGACAAUCCAGUGGCUCCAAGGAGGAUACAGAGGCCAUCAUGCCUCAGGAACAAGAACCGGAGAAGAGAAGACUACAGUCCCACUCCCAACUAUAUGGAGCCAUCACCGGGGACAGCAUAGGCAACCUAGGAGAUACUUGCCCGACUUGUUGGGGAGUAGGGCGUAUUCCAAGAGGUAGGUGGCCCUCUUCAGACAGACUAACUACUUAGUUGUGCCUUUGAUUUACUUACAUGUUUUUGUUGUGAUUAUUUCCAUGUUGGUAUUCAAGACUUGUUAAGAUGUGUAUUUAAUAACCCACAUUUGUUUAAAGAGAAGUGAGUCACUUUCAGUUCUCUGUAAAAUGAAAUCAAAAUGGUGUUGUGUGUUCUGUGCAGCAAGGCUGACAUGCCACUACCAACUACUGCUGUUCACACCUUUUCUAUUCACAUACUCUCCAAUUGUCUAUACACUUAAUUCACAUACAUAUACUGUAUAUUUAUAUUGCGGACUCUGGUCCGUAAGCUAAUUUCCUGCAAUUCUAUCAAUUUUGCCAUGGGGUUUCGUACUGUGUAUUUCAAUACUGUAUUUUCAACAUACUGUAGCUCAUUCUAAUCUUUCUACAACUGUACAUUGAAUUUUAGCUACACUGUUUAUACACACCACAUAUUUAUUUAUAUACUGGAUUCUUGACAUAGCUCGCUCUAAUAUACAGUAUCUACUGCUGUACAUAUCAUUCUUAGUAUAUCUUGUGUAAAUUAAUAUUUUGUAUAUACGUAUAGAUUGCAUUUGGAUUACUGUUACAUUGCUUUUUGGGUUGUUAAUUGGAUUCGUUCUGACAUUUCUUUCUUUUUAUUUAUAUUUUGUGUUAUUUGUGUACUUGUUUGAUAUUUUACUGCAUUGUUAGGAGCUAGUAACAUAAGCAUUUCACUGCACCCGCUAUAACAUCUGCUAAACUGGGUAUGCGACCAAUAAACUUGGAUUUGAUUUUAAUAGAACAGCAUGUCUAACUGUGAAAUAAUAACUCACCUUACUCUUCUCUGUAUAGGACAUGAUCAGCUUGUGACAGUAAUAACCAACGUUUGUUUUAAAAGAAGGGAGAGUCACUUUCAACUCUCUGUAAAAUGAAAUCGAAAUGCUGUUGUGUGUUCUAUGCAGCAAGGCUGACAUGCCAAUACAGCAGUAUCUAUAACUGUGAAAUAAAACGUAUUCUUCUCUGUAUAGGACAUGAUCAGCGAGUGGCAGUCAUUCCAUGUUCGGACAAAAGACUGAGGCCCAGCCGGACGUAAGUGUGUGUGUGUGUCUGUUUUUGAGUGUCUGAUUGUGUGCGUGUUUGUUUGUGUGUGCGUGCGUGUGUGUGUGCGUGCGUGCGUGCGUGCAUGCAUAACUAUGUGUUGAACGCCUCCCUCUGCAACUGGAUCCAGGAGUUCCUGAUGGGCUGCCCCCAGGUGGUGAAGGUAGGCAACAACACCUCUGCCACGCUGACCCUCAACAUGGGGGCCCCUUACAGGUGUGUGCUUAGUCCCCUCCUGUACUCCCUGUUAACCCACGACUCCGUGGCCACGCACAACACCAACACCAUCAUCAAGUUUGCUGAAGAUGCAACAGUGGUAGGCCUGAUCACUGACAGCGAUGAGACAGCCUACAGGGAGGAGGUCAGAGACCUGGCAGUGUGGUGUCAGGACAACAACUUCUCCCUCAACGUCAGUAAUACCAAGGAUCUGAUCGUAAACGGGGGUGAGCACUCCCCAAUCCACAUCGACAGGGCUGUAGUGGAGCGGGUCGAGAGCUUCAAGUUCCUCGGUUUCCAAAUCACUAUGGACUUAACAUGGUCCACACACACCCGCACAGUUGUGAGGAACGCAUGAUGGUGCCUCUUUCCCCUCAGGAGGCUGAAAAGAUUUGUCAUGGGCCCUCAGAUCCUCAACAAGUUCGACAGCUGCACCAUUGAGGGCAUCUUGACUGGCUGCAUCACCGCUUGGUAUGGCAACUGCACCGCCCUCGACCGCAAAGCACUACAGAGGGUGGUGUGGACAGCCCAGUGCAUCACUGGGGCCGAGCUCCCUGCCAUCCAGAACCUCUAUAUCAGAAAAUAUUAAAUUUUCACAAAGUCUACUGCCUCAGUUUUUAUGAUGGCAAUUUGCAUAUACUCCAGAAUGUUGUGAAGAGUGAUCAGAUGAAUUGCAAUUAAUUGCAAAGUCCCUCUUUGCAUGAAAAUGAACUUAAUCCCCCCAAAAAACAUUUCCACUGCAUUUCAGCCCUGCCACAAAAGGACCAGCUGACAUCAUGUCAGUGAUUCUCUCGUUAACACAAGUGAGAGUGUUGACGAGGACAAGGCUGGAGAUCACUCUGUCAUGCUGAUUGAGGUAGGAUAACAGACUGGUAGCUUUAAAAGGAGGGUGGUGCUUGAAAUCAUUGUUCUUCCUCUGUUAACCAUGGUUACCUGCAAGGAAACACGUGCCUUCAUCAUUGCUUUGCACAAAAAGGGCUUCACAGGCAAGGAUAUAUUUUUUUAUUUUACCAAUAUUUAACUAGGCAAGUCAGUUAAGAACAAAUUCUUAUUUACAAUGACGGCCUACACCGGCCAAACCCGGACGACGCUGGGCCAAUUGUGCGCCGCCCUAUAUUGCUGCUAGUAAGAUUGCACCUAAAUCAACAAUUUAUCGGAUCAUCAAGAACUUCAAGGAGAGAGGUUCAAUUGUUGUCAAGAAGGCGCCAGGGCGCCCAAGAAAGUCCAGCAAGCUCCAGGACCGUCUCCUAAAGUUGAUUCAGCUGCGGGAUCGAGGCACCACCAGUGCAGAGCUUGCUCAGGAAUGGCAGCAGGCAGGUGUGAGUGCAUCUGCACGCACAGUGAGGCGAAGACUUUUGGAGGAUGGCCUGGUGUCAAGAAGGGCAGCGAGGAAGCCACUUCUCUCCAGGAAAAACAUCAGGGACAGACUGAUAUUCUGCAAAAGGUACAGGGAUUGGACUGCUGAGGACUGGGGUAAAGUCAUUUUCUCUGAUGAAUCCCCUUUCCGAUUGUUUGGGGCAUCCGGAAAAAAGCUUGUCCGGAGAAGACAAGGUGAGCGCUAGCAUCAGUCCUGUGUCAUGCCAACAGUAAAGCAUCCUGAGACCAUUCAUGUGUCAAUUUGCUUCUCAGCCAAGGGAGUGGGCUCACUCACAAUUUUGCCUAAGAACACAGACAUGAAAAAAGAAUGGUACCAACACAUCCUCCGAGAGCAACUUCUCCCAACCAUCCAAGAACAGUUUGGUGACGAACAAUGCCUUUUCCAGCAUGAUGGAGCACCUUGCCAUAAGGCAAAAGUGAUAACUAAGUGGCUCGAGGAACAAAACAUCGACAUUUUGGGUCCAUGGCCAGGAAACUCCCCAGACCUUAAUCCCAUUGAGAACUUGUGGUCAAUCCUCAAGAAGCGGGUGGACAAACAUAAACCCACAAAUUCUGACAAACUCCAAGCAUUGAUUAUGCAAGAAUGGGCUGCCAUAAGUCAGGAUGUGGCACAGAAGUUAAUUGACAGCAUGCCAGGGCGGAUUGCAGAGGUCUUGAAAAAGAAGGGUCAACACUGCAAAUAUUGACUCUUUGCAUAAACCUAAUAUAAUUGUCAAUAAAAGCCUUUGACACUUAUGGAAUGCUUGUAAUUAUACUUCAGUAUACCAUAGUAAAAUCUGACAAAAAUAUCUAAAAACACUGAAGCAGUAAACUUUGUGAAGACCAAUACUUGUGUCAUUCUCAAAACUUUUGACCACGACUGUACAGUAGGCAGUAGGCAGAGAUAGUGAAACAAGGAUCUUUACUGGUGGUCCCGAAGCCAGAAUACAAAAUAACGGACUUAUCACGAUAAAAGAAAGGCGGAGCAAAUAAGUCUCCAAAAACUGGCUGACAGCCAAAAUACGACAUACUGAUGUGGAAAAUGAUCACUAUACUUAUUAAAAAUCAAAGUUCUUCCAGAGUUUUUGUAGAAUCAAGAUAGACUUUAUUACAUAGAGCAACGAAAGCCGAGCUGGUCUGCAGAGCAACUCUCGUCUACCUCUCAGCUCUCUGUUUAUAUAGUCAUAUUCACAUACAUCUUAUCUCCCUCUUGGGUUCCCCCACCACCAUCCUCAGUUUCCCUCUCUCUACCGCUCCGCCCACUUCCUUAGUCUAUGAUAGCGGCUAAAUUGGACUUUUAUUCCGUUUAGAAUCAAUAGUAGUACAAUCAAUCAAGCCCUUGUCAUGCAAACUCUGUUCAACCUCGGCUCUCCCUGGCUUGACCUGAAGAUUGAUUGUUGGACAUGACAGGUCCACACUCAAUCUCUCAAACAUACCCAAACCCAACUCCUCUCUUCCCUCCCGUCAUGCUGUAAUUACUCAUGAUUAGUCUGAACUCUGUUCAACUCUGACUCCGCUCUCAGGACUUUGUUUGAGGAGAGAGACAAAAGGCAACAGUCUAGUUUCAGUCUCUGAUAAGGUAGGACAGCCAUGGAUUAGGUAAGAGCGAGGAAUUCGACCUGAGGUCAGAUCCCCAUUUCACACACACACAAACCCAGUGAAAGGAACCAAUUAAGUUAUUGCCUAGCAACAGAGAAUUCUGACUAUAUGUUCGUCAUGUCAUUGAUUAACUUUGUUUAUCCAAUAGUUUACUGAAAAAUCUUCAUCUUAUCCCCCAUAUGGGACUAUUGGUCCCAAAUCCUUACAAAAGUAUUAAUUAUUAAUAUAGUAACUAACAUAAGAAUAAUUAUGUUUAUGCUAUUAAGCACAAUCUUUGCAUUUAAGGUUAUACUCAUAAUAAACAAUAUCAGCAUUUCUACUCAAAACAAUUCCAAUAUACGUGUUAGUAUCCUAACACAUUAAAAUACAUAAAAUACAUGCAACAUUGUUUUAACCAUGAUCUCUAUUUGAAAAAGUUAUUUUGAUAUUAUCUAGAGUCAUUAUCAUCACUAAAGUAAUAUGGAAUAGGAUACAUGUCUGAGAGAUAAACAUUUUCACUUCCAGAUUUGUCCAGGUUUUGCUGGUCCUUGUAGUUAUGACAAGCCCAUCCUCCUCCUGCCAUUACCCCAGACAGACAUUCUAGGUUGCCAUAAGGGCAGUCAAGUGGUCCUCAUUGUUGUGAGGGCCAAGCAGGGCUCUCUUCCGAUAAUGACCAUCUGCUUCUGGGCCUCUACUCCGGGCCGGCGUUGGGUCCCUUUGGCUCUGGACCUUCUUCCUUCACUAGGGUCUCGGCAUCCUUAGCUUCCUCAUCUCUCGGUCGUCGGUUUCCAUGCGGUACUCUGGUGCAGUGGUUUAGAUGAUACCUCUGGUUUUAGAACUCUGCUUCUCUCCUGUUGGUAUAUAACUUAAUGUAUGACAGUUAGUUGCCUGAUAUACCCUUCUAAUUCCCUUUCAAUUUGCUCUAGAGGCAGACCCUCAUAUGGUCCCCUAAGCACCGGCACUGGUAUGGGUCAACCUGUAAGCAUUUCAUGAGGUGUUAGAUGCAAUAUUCUGUUAGCUUGCAUGCGAUAACUCAUUAAUGCCAGAGGUACGGCCCCAAAAAACAAAACAACAAUGUCUGUUAAAUCAAAAUAACAAAUCAAAUUAGAAUGAUAACCCUUGAUAACACCUUAACUUAAUUGUAUCCCAUAAGGUAAUUCAAGGAAUAGUCAAAUUGACUAGCGACAGGUGUCCCUCAUUCAGGGCUAGUUCUCUUUCUCUGUCCUUGUCAUGGUAUGAAUCAUACAUAAGCCUAUUGAUAAAUUAUAAACUUCUUCCUAAUUAUUAGUGUUUACAUACUACAUAUAAAUCUCACACAAUGUCUCUAGCUUUCGAGUGAGGGUGAUCAGGCCUCGCCAGAAAGUCAGAACAGAGGUCAGAGGUCAUUCAACCCCAUUUAAGUGAGUGUCUCUUUCCCUUUCCUUCCCCUUUUACCUCAGAUAUAAUUUAACGAUAUUUCAAACAUUUCAAAAAAAAAUUGUACCAAGUUUACAUUGUUUUUUUCAGUACAUUUCUUAUCAGGAGAAUGUACAUGUGUGUAAUUAAAACUCUGGCAAUAGAAACUUCCAAAAAUGUAAUUUAUGUUCCCUUUAAGGUGUAUUAUUUCUAACCUGUGAAAAAUCCACUAAACCAAAAAUAAAAAACCGUACAUAACUACCAAAUAUUAAUAAUAGGUGGGUUGUGUAUGCUGGUGAAACGUAGGGCAAAAACAAACAAAUGGCUAGGCCUUAUUUAAUUUGGUAGCUCCCUCUUACGGCCUAAUUAUAAGAUUGCUGAGUUUUACUAACUGCUCUCCUGAGUUCACAGUCUCAAGAAACAUUCCAAAGAGAGAUAAUGAAACUCCCAUUCUCCUGGAAAAGAAAGUAUACAUUUCGUUAACAUUCACUAUAGUACAUCUUAAUCAGCCACCCAAACGUUUUAACUAUGAACAAAACAUGAAAAUAAUUCCACUGUACUCCAUAAAAUGAGUAAUCGUUUGUUUCAAUCUAAUUCCUUGUUUAUAUAAAUUGCUGUCCUUUGUAAGUAAAUAUAAACAAGCGUCUACUUUCUUAUGCUAAAGGUACACUAAAAAAUGCUCCACAUCAGUCUAUUACUGAGAACCAUUUUGCAUCUGGUGGAAUGUUUGUUAACAGUGUGUGUAGAUUGGGCUCCUCGUCUUGAAUUACCUCAUUCACUGUUCUCAGGUCAUGAACCAGUCUCCACUUCUGUUUGUCUGCCUUUAGGACUGGUAACACUGUCGUGUUACAGUCACUCUGAGUUUUAACCAGUACCCCUGCUUUUAUCUGUCCCUCUAUUGUAGCUUGAAUUCCUGCCUCUGCUUUCAGUGUCAUUGGGGUAUUGUUGUUUCCAAGGGGUCUUGUGUAUGCCUUUACUUUAACGCAAAUUGGAUUAGCUGAAUUUACUAAACCCACAUCUGUAUCAUAUUUUUCCCAUAAGUCUUCUGUGAUCAUACUUUCCAUUUGUUUCCUUUAGCUUUUCCUGUUUUGUUUCUUCUUUAACUACUGUCAUCUGUCUUUCCUCAGUUAUUUCCACUUCAUGUGGUUCCCCCCAUCAGUUCUGCAAAGCAUAGGACUUUAAUGUAUUUUUAGCCUAUUUCAUCAUUGGUCCUAGAUCUUUUGCCUGAUAUCCCUCGGCCACUAAAAGUGUUAUGUGAGGUUCUGUUCCUGGUAUCUCAAACCAGGUCUGUAUGAUAUCAGAUCCUGGAGCAUCUUGUGCUUCCAUUGCUGCCCCUUGUUUCCCUAUUACAAAAUAUUGCGAUCUCAUGGAGGCCAGUUUACCCCAUGCUUUCCUUAACCAUAGUUGUUCUAGUAAAUGAUUUUGAUAUGGGUCAUAUUGUAGUGUACAAUGAUAGCCUAAUUUUGGUAACUUUAUUUCUGGAAUUUGAGCCCUAAUAAACUUUCCCCACUUCUUUAGUACUUCUUGUACUGGUGAUUCUAUGUUCCCUAUCCAAUAUACAUUUGCUGUUUUGUCCAUAGCCGUCAUCAUUUGUGGACGUACCCCUUCCUGAUUAUUAGUCCCUCUGAUGUGCAUUUAAUUUGGAUGCCCAUUCUACACAGUGUUUGUUCUGAUACUAAUAUGGGUAUGCAGGUAGCUUUUCCUCCUGCUUCUAGUUUUACUGGAACUGUCAUAGGUAUUAGCUGUGUUUGUCCUGAAAAUCCUACUGUCUUUGCAUAUUUGCCUGACAUGGGGAGGUGAGAGGCAUAAUUUGGACUUCCACAUGAGUAAGUAGCUCCAGUAUCUAUCAUCAUGGGUGUGCCUCUGUUGUUCACCUGAACCUUUAGCAUAGGUUCUUCAUCAGCCUGCAUAGUUACUGCCACUAGCUGACCCUCCCCUUUAGGUUUCCCUGGGCAUCCCUAGUAUCCCUGAUUUGGUCCUCCCCACAGGUUCACUGGGCCCUGUGGAGCCUGUGUCUGAGACUGCUGCCAUACAUCCGAACUGGGGCCAUUUCUUUGCCAAUUACCCUGUUGUGGUUGCCUAGGCAGCCGUGGGUUGGUAGGACAAUCCCUUCCUAGAUGUCCUGAUUGAUUACACCCCCAGCAGACACCUAGCGGUCCUCCUGGUCCACCAUUUUGGUAUGUCUGCUGUUGUGAUCGGUGCCCUUGAUUCUGGGGUCUGUUUCUAUUUCCUUUGUUUUGCCACUGUCCAGGGGAUUGUUGUGUGUACACAUUCACUACUGUUGCAGCAGGAACUCUUUGGCCUUGCUGCUGAGGCGGUAUUUGUGGACCUCCUUGGAGAACAGGUGCCAUGGCGCCCUCUUCUGGCGGUGUCGGAAUAAUCACUUGAGCUUGUGUUUUCUUUUUGUCCUUUCUUGUCAGCUCUUCCAGCUGCACCUGUCCCAGUUUUCUCCGAAUCUCUCUCCACUGCUUCGCCAGUUUCUGUUAAUCCCUCCUGUAUUUCUGCAUUGCGUGGAUAAUAUGGUCGCAGAAUUCCUUGUGUGAUUCUGACGUUAGUCCCACCACAUCUUUCAGUCUGCUUCUGAUAGGCGUUGGCAUUGCCUCCAUCAGUGAUGUCCUGAACAGUGUUGUCAUCAGUGGAUCCCCCUCUGGGUCUUUUUCUGUUUCUUGUCGCCACCUCUUGAGCUGAUCCUCUAGGUAAUUUGCAGGGUUUUCUUUAUCCCCCAAUGGUUCCCCUCUCAGUGCUUUAGGGUCUAUUUUGGCUUGAUUUUGGCUUGAUACUCCUGGCCUAUAAUUGUCAAAGGACAUUCCAUCCAGUUCUGUUACUAUAGUUUUGCCUCCCGUGGCUCCUUGCUCUGAUAAUCGUCCCUCUGUCUCACUCUGUUUUUGAUCAGAGUCAGCAUACUGUCUAAGUUCUUCACCUUCCUCCUUAUUUGCAUCAUCCCACUCGCUCUGUCCAUCACCAUUUUGUUCAUCUAUCCCAUAAUUUUCCAGUCUGUUUAACAUACCCCUCAGUCCCUCAUAAGUCUAUAUCUAAGUCUGAUCCUCUUCCUCCUGUUUUAUAGUUCUUUAUUAGGGUAUCCAUGUCCUCACACACUGUUACAUCAAGCAUUCCUUCCUUUGGCCAUUUUGUUGCUAGUUUUCUAGUUCUUAUUUACAUUUACAUUUAAAUCAUUUAGCAGACACUCUUAUCCAGAGCGACUUCCCGUUUAUCAGAGAUUUUACUAAUCUCUUCACUCUUUUCUGGGAACCUUCUCUUCAUGAUUGCUACUGGUGUCCCUGCCAUCUCUAUUCCCUGUAUUCUUGGUCUCCCUGACGCUAGUCUUAGGUUUGGUUCAGUGUCUAUAUUAGGAUUUAAAGUCAACAAUAUUUUCCUUACUGUUUUUCUUGUACCUAAUUGUUCCUUUAUUAUUGUCGCUCGUUUUGGAAUAACCCACUGAACGUCUCUCAACACUGUAGAUACUUCUAUUUGUGGUUCCCUUAAUGUCUUACCUGUCUGCCCUUUCCCUCUUUCAAAACCUUGCUCCUCCCCUAAUGCCAGCCAAGGUUCAACCUGUGUAUCUAUUGGGAUUAUUAUAAAAAACAACCUCUUUUGAUCUGCUUAUUCUUCAAGAGUUUCUCCAAUAUUCUGUACUGUCCAAUUUCUUCCUAUUAUUCCCGUCCAAUCUAUAUAUGGCCACUCUUCUCUUGCUUCCACUAAAUUUGUUAUUUCUGUUAUUGCUCUCAGCUGAAAGUUUUUAUAUUCCUCAAUUAAUGGUAUUCUCUUCCUAAUAUAUCUUCAUAUUCUGCUUCUUUCCAAAAAUGAGAUUUUAUCUCUUGCGUUUCUUUUAAUAUUAUUCUUAUCCUUGUAUCAUUACUGGAUCAAUGACAUAUGUAAUAACUGUUUCGCAUUAUAUUGUACCUUUUUCUGAUAAUGUUAUAAUUGUGGCCUAUUGCAUUAAUUUAGUUAAAAUAUAAUUUUGUUGUUUAACAAAUCUAGAACCCAUAAUAAGUUGGUGCUAUUCCAUCAGCAUAAUAGUUAAAACUACCUGCAAUCCACUGGUCCACGUAACGAAAACAAAUGAUCAUUUUAGAAUUCAUUAACUAUUUGCAUACGUCACUGGUGUUACGCAAACUAUAGAAUAAAGUAAUAACAAUUAGAAUUUGUUAAAGAAUGUUUCCCAUUCAACUAUUCAGAUUUCUCACAGCCCGAUACAGUCCAGCAAGUACGACUCUCUUUUACCCACGAACUAAGACAUGGCAUUAGUAAAGUCUAUUCACAAACCACCAAUAACUAAUAGUAUAUUUGCAUUCAUAUUAUUAAAAUCUCACUUCCCUAUUAAAUUACUUUCCUUUGUUAUCAAUUCAAAUCAUGGCCACAGCUCUAUUGUAAUUGCCAGUCCGCUAUUAAAUGUAUAUAUUUCCUUUCUGAUUAGGCUAUAGUUAAUUAAACAAAUACUUGCUAUAGUUGACAAGCAUACGUAUCCAUAUUAAAUUCAAUAUUCCAAAUUACAACCCUAUUCACAGUAGUUUAAUCUAUCAAAUCAUUAGGCAACGCAAAAAAUGCCUCAAUCAUCCCACUAUUCCUGUUGAAUAAGUGAGUCUUUCAAUUUUGAAAGAAGCAAGCUGCUAAAUCGUCCAGUCUUACAUCACAAAAUCAAACACUGACUGUUCUAUCAAUCUAAGCAACACAUAACCAUAGUAUUAUUAGAUUCCCUGCCUAUAUGUACAUAUCUACCUCAAUUACCUCGUACCCCUGCACAUUGAUAUGGUACUGUUACUCCCUGUAUAUAUUGUAGCUUCAUUGUAUUUUUAUUUCUCGUGUUAUUAUUUCUAUAAUUUGUUUUACUCUGCAUCGUUACAAAAGGGCUCGUAAGAAAACAUUUCAUGGUAAAGUUGUAUUCGGAGCAUGUGACAAAUAAAAUUUGAUUGAUUUGAAUUUGAUUCAAUUUUUGUGCUUUACCAAUACGAGACACCGUAUACAGUAAAAUUCUUGGUGUGUUUAAUUAACAUAUUGUGUUACGCUUCAUAUAUGUUGUUCAUGGUUGUUAAAGGUCACGAACAGUCAAAAUCAUGUUUUUCAUGAAAUUUGAUGAUAUUUGGAUGAAACCAGUUUAAAGUACAGUAUGAUGACCAAAGUAUGAAAAAUGACUGUUGCUUUUACAUUUAUUAAGUUUGAUCAUAAAACUACUGGUCCCCUCCCCGUGUCAAACACUUGGAUUCAGGAUGCAGGAUUAUUAAAGGUACAGGGUGACAUCACCCUAACUCUCUCAUUUUAAUACACAAAUGGUAGCAUGAUAUUCUCUUACCUAAUUUAAAUAAGUACCGCCUUGUAACCAACAUCGGAGAAGGCGUGUUUGCAGAGGGGCGUGGUUUAGCUACUCUACUGGUGCCAAAAUGUGACUGUAGGGUAUCAGCAAAUAUAAUUAAAAGUUGACCCUAUUAAUCUAUGGCAAAGAUACUCAUAUGUUUCCCCUUUCAUCUGUGUCUGGUGUUAGCUAGUUACUGUCUAGUUAGGUCUUCAGCCAGCAUGGAACAAAAGUGGAAGAAGGGCUGUUCAAAACUCUGAUGCAGGUGUCAAGUCAACACAUCCAUCAGUGCUGCUAUGAACAGCAUCACAAGAGACAUGCCAAACAGGAGAUGUAUAAAAAUAAUAAUACAUAAUUGAUGCAAUUUCAAUGCUGCUCGAGUUGCUUUGUGUAUCACCAUAUUUGCUUGAGAUGAUUUUACUGCAACACUGCUCACUGCAUCCAAGUUGCUUGACAUAGGCGUUUCAAAGGGCUGUCAGUCGAGGCAAUCGCAUGAAAUAAGCUUCCCGCCCACUCAGCCUGUCUUUUUCAAACUUCCUGGUAGUUAGCCAUGAGAGAACAAUUACUUUUUGUAAAAUGUUAAGCAUUUCCAUCCAAAACAAAUAUUACGUGUGAUAUUUUAGUCAUUCAAAAGUCUAUUUUACAUGGGAAUCAGAAAGGUUGUUCGGGAUCUUUAAUUCUGCAUUUUUAUUUUCCAGGAAACUCUAUGUGUGUAUCUCGGUGGUGCUGUGUCUCCUGAUCUGCUGUCUGAUCCUCUUCUUCCUCUUCCCACGGAGUAUCUCACUGUCCCUUGUCGCCAUCCAAUCAGUGAUGGUCUUCUUCACCCCACACACAGUUGAAAUGCAAAUCAUGGUAAGUACGAGAUAUAUGCGUGCCACACUCCCGUAUAUAUCAAAGACAAUGUGUGAUCACUCAUUGUUUGGUUUAUUGUAUGAGGUCAGUGUGAUCAAACUAUGUUUUUCCUCUUCUAGAAUGUCAUCAGCGUCACCAAUGAGAACUUUCAGGAUAUUCAAGUCUUGGAUUUUGAUAUACAAGUGCUGAUCGCUGAAACAGUGGUGGGCAGGAUCAAGAUAUCUAAUAUGACCGCAGUCAAAUCACGUUCAGAGAAAGCGGUGAGUUUGAUAUUGUUGUUUAAUAUAAAUCAAUUACAGAAUUAUAAUACUGUGUAAUGCAAAGCAACUUUGUUUAUUGUCCCGUAUGAAACAGUUGGACCUUAAUUCCCAGUCUAAUUAUGUUUUCCGAUCUCCUACAGUAUGCUGUUGUCAUACCCAUAACAAUUGAGGACCCAGGCCUGAAGUAAGCAUGACAUUUAUUAUAAUUUAUAUGUCCAAUAUCAUUACCAUCAUCACUACUUCUAAAAUAGGAAGGAAAUAUAGUGUUAUCUGUGUAUGUGUACAUUACAGUAUGAACUCUUGGAUAGGACCUGCAGUAUACAGUAUGAAUUAAACUUACAGUACGCUAUUGGUUUUCAAAAUAUAUUAUUUUCUUUACAGUGCAUUCGGAAAGUAUUCAGACCCCUUGACUUUUUCCACAUUUUGUUACGUUACAGCCUUAUUCUAAAAUGGAUUAAAUUGUUUUUUCCCCCUCAUUAAUCUACACACAAUACCCCAUAAUGACAAGACCAAAAAAGGUUUGUAGAUUUUUUUGCACAUUUAUAAACAAUAAAAAACGGAAAUAUAACAUUUACAUAGGUAUUCAGACCCUUUACUCAAUACUUUGUUGAAGCACCUUUGGCAGCAAUUACAGCCUCGAGUCUUCUUGGGUAUGAAUCUACAAGCUUGGCACACCUGUAUUUGGUGAGUUUCUCUCAUUCUUCUCUGCAGAUCCUCUCAAGCUCUGUCAGGUUGGAUGGGGAGCGUUGCUGCACAGCUAUUUUCAGGUCUCUCCAGAGAUGUUCGAUCGGGUUCAAGUCCGGGCUCUGGCUGGGCCACUGAAGGACAUUCAGAGACAUGUCCCGAAGCCACUCCUGUGUUGUCUUGGCUGUGUGCUUAGGGUCAUUGUCCUGUUGGAAGGUGAAACUUCAUCCCAGUCUGAGGUCCUGAGUGCUCUGGAGCAGGUUUUUUAUCAAGGAUAUCUCUGUACUUUGCUCCAUUCAUCUUUCCCUCAAUCCUGACUAGUCUGAAAAACAUCCCCACAGCAUGAUGCUGCCACCACCAUGCUUCACCGUAGGGAUGGUGUCAGGUAUCCUCCAGACGUGACGCUUAGCAUUCUGGCCAAAGAGUUCAAUCUUGGUUUCAUCAGACCAGAGAAUCUUGUUUCUCAUGGUCUGAGAGUCUUUAGGUGCCUUUUGGCAAACUCCAAACGGGCUGUCAUGUGUCAAGUUUCCUCCAGACGUGACGUUUGGCAUUCAGGCCAAAUAGUUCAAUCUUGCUCAUCAGACCAGAGAAUCUUGUUUCUCAUGGUCUGAGAGUCUUUAGGUGCCUUUUGGCAAACUCCAAGCGGGCUGUCAUGUGCCUUUUAGUGCUGAGGAGUGGCUUCCGUCUGGCCACUCUACCAUAUUGGUGGAGUGCUGCAGAGAUGGUUGUCCUUCUGGAAGGUUCUGCCAUCUCCACAGAGGAAGUCUGGAGCUCUGUCAGAGUGACCAUCGGGUUCUUGUUUACCUCCCUGAUCAAGGCCCUUCUCCCACGAUUGCUCAGUUUGGCCAGGCGGCCAGCUCUAAGAAGAGUCUUGGUGGUUCCCAAAUGUCUUCCAUUUAAGAAUGUUGGAGGCCACUGUGUUCUUGGGGACCUUCAAAACUGCAGACAUUUUUUGGUACCCUUCUACAGAUCUGUGCCUGACACAAUCCUUUCUCGGAGAUAUACGGACAAUUCCUUCAACCUCAUGGCUUGGAAUUUGCUCUGACAUGCAUUGUCAACUGCGGACUUUAUAUAGACAGGUGUGUGCCUUUCCAAAUCAUGUCCAAUCAAUUGAAUAUACCACAGGUGGACUCAAAUCAAGUUGUAGAAACAUCUCAAGGAUGAUCAAUGCAAUUAGGAUGCACCUGAGCUCAAUUUCGAGUCUCAUAGCAAAGGGUCUGAAUACUUAUGUAAAUAAGGUAUUUCUGUUUGUUUAAAAAAAAACUGUUUUCGCUUUGUCAUUAUGGGGUAUUGUGUGUAGAUUGAUGAGGAAAAUGUUUUAUUUAAUCCAUUUUAGAAUAAGGUUGUAACGUAACAAAAUGUGGAAAUGUCAAGGGUCUGAAUACUUUCCGAAUGCACUGUAUGUGAUAAAUGUGUAGGGUAUUAAAUGUCUUUAUAACUCCUCUGUUUCAGUAAUUACUGCAAGUCAUCCACCAUAAGGAUUCACACCUUGUUCUUGCAUUUGCAGUGAGUAUCACACUCUAUUCCAAGAUAUGUUAAAGAGGCCAACCAGAAACACAUCUGUCGCACCACAAACACUUCAAGGCACUUCAGCCUAUCUGACCACCAGGCUGUAGUAUGCCCAUUGACUUCCCAUUGUAACAUAUCUUGUUUGGAACCACCCAAACACACAGAUAUUAUUCUUCUUUGAAUUCUUGUUGUCAGUGUUCUUGAUGACCUUUGGCCAAGACAAAAUCUAGACAAAAACAGAAUUUUGUUUUUGAAGACCAAGCACUAUUAUUACUGGAGCCAAUAGGAAAAAUUUUUGCUUUUUCAAAACGUGCAUGAAUUGCCCCUUUCAAGCCACGUGUUCAAAAAUCUCACGCAUUUGUUUCAUGUCCAUUUGAGAUUAAUCAUGCUGUAAAACUAGUAACAGUGUAACUAUAGUCUUUGCCUUAGGUCAUAAACCUACCAAAUUUAAAGUUGUUGCUUUUUUUUAUUACGGAAAAGGGUAGUCAGGAAUAACAGAAUAACAAACGUUUGAACUUCACCAUUCUAUAAAAGUGACAUUUUGAAACACGAGACUGUGAACUUGCAGAUGAAGAUUUCAAAAUGUCCGCAUUAAUAUCUAUUUUUGUCUUCCACAGAAUGACAAUGGACGUUUCCUUCCAGGCUCACUCGGAGCAGCUGUCCAAAGACACCUUUGAGUACAUUGACUGUGGAGCCAACACCACCAUCCCCCACCAUAUCAGGCAAAUUAUUUUUGAAAGAUGAAAGCCUGUAAAUGAGGGAUCCCCAAAGUGAAAAUAUGUAUUAUAAACAAGAUAGACUCUAAGGAAUACGGGCCUCUUCCAUUCUGUCUUAAGCGGUCAUAAAAAGUAUAUUGAUAAUUUUUUUCUUGAAGAGGCUCCUUGUCAAAGGGAAAUGUAUACGUAUUGUAUUGUAGUAGACAAUAGUAUUAUAGUAUUGUCCUCUGCUCUGUCCACAUUAUUUGCUGUGCAAUAUUCUUCUGAAGUAGUUUUCUGAAUGAUUUAUGAACUGUGAAAGUAGAUGUUGUAUUGUUUU